AUGGCGGCUGCAGCGGCGGUGGGGCCCAUGAGCCUGCGGGACCUGCUGCUGAGCGCCACGGCCGCCGCCGAGGGGAGCGGCGGUGAUGAGGAGGUGUGCGUGGUGGGCAUCUUCGGGAAGACGGUGCUGCAGCUGUGCUCGGAGAAGGAGGCCCUGGUGAACACCGUGUGCGACCGGCAGGUCUUCCCCCUCUUCUGUGAGGAGGAUGACCCCGACCUGGCGGACGGCGCCCUGGGGGAGGAGGUCGACCCGGCCACCAAGGACUACAACCAGCUGCAGGCCUACUACAGCCAGGAGAACCGGGUGCUAUUCCUGGUGCUCACCAGCAUCUGUGACACGCGGCAGCUGCUGCGGGCAUGCGGGGACCUGGCGGCGGCCGAAAGCAGGGAAACGGGGCCCGGCCAUCCCUCCGGUGGCCCUUCCCCACUGUCCCACGCUGAGGCCCACGAGUUCUGGAAGCACCAGGAGAAGCUGCACUGCCUGAGCCUCCUCUACCUCUUCUCUGUCUGCCACAUCCUGCUGCUGGUGCACCCUACCUGCUCCUUCGAUAUCACCUAUGACCGCGUCUUCAGGGCGCUGGAUGGGCUGCGGCAGAAGGUCCUGCCCUUCAUGAAGGCUGCCAUCAAAGACUGCCCGAUCGGCAAGGAAUGGAAGCUCAACUGCAGGCCCUGCCCUCCACGCCUCCUCUUCCUCUUCCAGCUCAAUGGAGCCCUCAAGGUGGAUCCCCUCCCAAGCAGGGGCCAGGACUCCUGUGGUCACCUGGAAAAGCCACCCCCCAAGAAGCACUCCCCUAAGAGGAGGCUGCAGCAUGCUCUGGAGGAUCAGAUCUACCGCAUCUUCCGCAAGAGCAGGGUGUUAACCAACCAGAGCAUCAACUGCCUGUUCACUGUGCCUGCUAACCAGGCGUUUGUGUACAUUGUGGCUGGUGGGGUCCUGGAUGGAGAUGAUCCGGUGGCCAUGCUUCUUGACCAACUCAGGAACAACUGCACCAUGAGAGAGACUGACUCGCUGCUGGCUCCCACCCUGUCAGGGCCCAGGAGGUAUCAGAUGAUGCGGCACGGCAGGCAGCAGCUCUCCUUCCAUGCAGAGAGCAGCAGCUCCAGCUCCUCUGGGCAGCUUGUGGACUGCACCCUUAAGGAGUUCUUGUGGCAGCACGUGGAGCUGGUGCUCAGCAAGAAAGGGUUCGAUGACAGCGUGGGAAGGAACCCACAGCCCUCUCACUUCGAGCUCCCAACCUACCAGAAGUGGGCUGCUGCAGCUUUAAAACUGUAUGAAGUGACCAUUGAAGGCAAAGAUGAUGACCAGACCACUGGGGAACUGAGCUCAAAAAUCAUGGGUAGCAUCAAAGUCUUGGAAGGCUAUUUAGAUCUAGACACCAAAUUCUCUGAAAACCGUUGCCAGAAAGCUCUCCCCAUGGCCCACAGCGCCUAUCAGUCCAAUCUGCCCCACAACUACACCAUGACAGUCCACAAGAACCAGCUGGCACAGGCCUUGCGUGUGUACAGCCAGCACGCCCGUGGCCCGGCCUUUCAUAAGUACGCCAUGCAGCUGAAUGAGGACUGCUACAAGUUCUGGAGCAACGGGCAUCAGCUCUGUGAAGAGCGAAGUUUAACUGACCAACACUGCGUGCAUAAGUUCCAUCUGCUCCCAAAAGCAGGGGAAAAGCCAGAAGCAGACAGAAACCCUCCAGUUCUGUACCACAACAGCCGGGCUCGUUCCACUGGUGCCUGUAACUGUGGAAGGAAACAAGCUCCACGGGAUGAUCCCUUUGAUAUCAAAGCAGCUAAUUAUGACUUCUACCAGCUGCUGGAAGAAAAAUGCUGUGGGAAACUGGAGCACAUCAAUUUUCCUGUAUUCCAGCCAAGCACACCUGAUCCUGCGCCUGCUCGGGAUGAGUCAUCGCCUGCCCCUCCAGAAGGCGAGAUUGAGAAACUCAAGGAAAAAGAACCUCAGACUCAGGGGGAAAGCACAGGCCUGAGCUUAGCCCUCAGCCUGGGACAGUCGACGGGCAGCUUGGGCACUUACCCGCCCGAUGGCCAGGGUGGAGGGGACAACACAGAAAAUCAUGGGCAGAGCGGGGACUGCAAAAGUGAGAAAAGGCCGAGUCUGGUCGAUCGCCAGGCCUCCACUGUUGAGUACCUCCCUGGGAUGCUCCACUCCAAUUGCCCCAAAGGCCUUUUGCCCAAGUUCUCCAGCUGGUCACUGGUUAAGCUGGGGCCUGCUAAGGCUUAUAACUUCCACACAGGCUUAGACCAACAGGGCUUUAUCCCAGGAACAAACUAUUUAAUGCCUUGGGACAUUGUCAUCAGGACAAGAACUGAAGAUGAAGGGGACUUAGAUACCAAUUCCUGGCCUGCACCUAACAAGGCUGUUCCUGGAAAAAGAAGCUCGGUUGUGAUGGGAAGAGGAAGACGGAGAGAUGACAUAGCUCGAGCUUUUGUAGGAUUUGAAUAUGAAGAUGCCCGUGGAAGGAGGUUCAUGUGUUCAGGGCCUGAUAAGGUUAUGAAAGUGAUGGGAGGGGGGCCAAAGGAAUCUGCCAUCAAAGCCCUCAAUUCUGACAUGCCACUGUACAUCCUGUCCUCAACACAGGGACGGGGACUGAAGCCACAUUACGCUCAGUUCAUGAGGCUCUUUGUGGUGGUUCCUGAUGCUCCACUGCAGAUUACACUAACGCCUCAGGUUCAACCAGGGCCGCCACCUUGCCCUGUGUUCUACCCUGAGAAGCAGGAGAUAACCCUCCCCUCUGACGGACUGUGGGUUCUGAGGUUUCCUUAUGCGUACGUUACAGAACGUGGCCCCUGCUUUCCUCCCAAGGAAAGCCAACAACUAAUGAGUUACAAAGUUCUCAGAGGAAUACUGAAAGCGGUUACACCAUAGCAGUUAUUCUGGUGGAUUGAGUUUUGUUUGAAAAGACUGUCUUCAACCCAAAUGGAUUUUGAUUCAUGUCUGUUACCUAACAGCUAUCCCUGCAAUCUUGUGAGGGCUGCUGUAUUUUGCUGGAACACAGUUGAUUGUAACUAAGGUCUGGUUUCAUGGCAGAGGAAGGAAUCAGGUGCAUGGGAAUUUUCCAUUUAUUAAAUUUUCGUAUGUAAAAAAAUAAAAGCUGGUUGGCAAUGUGCUGAGCCUGUACUACCACAUGUUUUGAGAAUUGUGCUUUUCUCCAUCCUGUCCUUCUAGACACACAGUUAGGAAUAUAUAAGAAUUAGCAUUGCCUGAAAUGAAGUUUCCUUUGUCGUACUGAGCCAAUAAUGUGCUGAAUCUUUCAUCUUUUCCUAAACGAGCUAUUUCUGUGUAAACAAUAGAUGCUUUUAAUGUGGGUUGCCUUUUUUCUUGUCUUAAAUUAGAGGGAUUUCAGUUCUGAUUUGUAUUAAUACCAAAGUCAGAGACUGGGCUUACCAGUGAGAUAAGGUGAGAUAUUUUACUGUAUUUAUAUUCACAGGUCAGAUUUUGUUAAAAGGCCAACUUAAUUUAGUAUUUUGGAAUGUCAGAUCUCUUUGGAAACUAAACCUGCUGGUAUGGAAUUAUGGAAAACAUAGAGCUUGUUCCUUGUAAGCAGCCGCAGCUUAAUUGUCAGUGAGUGUAGCGUGACUUGCAGUGAUUAAACAGACUUCUUGCGAAAGG